AUGGCCGGCCUCGUUUGUCCCGUGUGCGAGGGGGUCAACCUGCCAUCGCUCUGCUGUGACUGCGUGGAUCGCAUCCAGCACGUGCAACGGCAGCACCUAGAUCGUCUCACGUGCCACAGAGACCACCUGAAGAAUCUCCUGACAGCAGCGCUGGAGAGCCAGGGUGGGAAGCAUCAGUGGGAGGGGCAGCGGAGAGAGGUGGAGGAGCGAUGCGAGUCAUUGCGGAAAGCAAAUGCGAUGAAACGAGCUCAAGUUUCGGAAGAUCGCAUGAGGUUGGAGCAGCUUCGCCUGCAGCUCAACUCCAAGCGGUCGCUCCUUGCACAUGCCAACGCCAUGCUGGCCAUGCGCAGAGCAGCAUUGGCACAUGCAAGAGCAGCAAGCGUGGGUGCAGAAGGCACAGGGAUACUGACAGGAGAUAGCGGAGCAGAAAGAGCAGCAGGCACAGCCAAGAUGGGAUCGACGGGAGCAGUGGGAGGGGUGGAACAGGGAGGGGACCGGACCAACUUGCAAGCUCUGGGCAACUUACAGAAGAUAGUAAAGGGCGCACUGAUAGCAGACCAGCAGAUGUGCCUAAAAAGACUUCGAGACAUCUUUCCUUUUAAAAAGGUUCCCUUGCCGCCCAACCCAUCAGCAGCCACCACUCGAUCCCCAACCCCUCCUCCUACCACCACCACCCCCACCACUUCAACUGUCCACAUGCCAUCCCCCUCUCCUCUCCUCUCCUCCUCCCCUCCUCCCGUCUCCUCCUCCCCUCCUCCCCGCUUCUCCUCCUCCCCUCCCCUCCCUGAUCCCGGCGAGUUCACUCUCUCUAUCUGCGGCCUUCGCCUCCCCUCCUCUGACGCCCACAUCGCACUCAUCCCUCCCUUGGAGCUCGCUGCUGCAAUAGGCUGCUUGAUUCGUCUCCUGGAACUUCUCUCCAAGUAUCUCUCCUUCCCUCUCCUGCACGUCGCUGCCUUCGCUGCAUCAUCAUCCAAGGUGUGGCACCGACAGUCCUACUGGUCACUUGCUCCCCCAACCAACCCCAGGGAUGUGAUUUCAUUUUCUCUCACACCAUCUCACUCGCACUCGCAAUCCCCCUCCUCCCUGGACUCCUCCUCCCACUCCCCCUCCUCCCCUCCGUUUUCCUCCAACCUCCCCUCCUCUCCCUCCGCCUCCACACACUCCUCUGCCUCCACCCUUCCUGGAAGCUUCCUCUCUUCCUCUUUCGCCUGCAACUCUCUCUUUGGCUCGUGGGCUGGGAUACCACCUCCCCAACUACAAGACGAAACAGGCCACCCGAUGAAUUUCUUUCAUGCCUCGGCAGCCAAUCAGCAGUUGCCACCUGGCGAGAUCAAGCAGGUUCGGCGAGGGUUGAGGUUGCUUCGGAGAAGUGCUGCCUGCCUUGCCGCCGCCCAUGCCGGCAGGUUCGGGAUCGCCAGACCUGGAGAUGAGGCUCGGGGCGGAGGUGGUGCUGAGCUGGACGAGUUUGCUGAGCUGGCAAUGAUGAUGUCUGCGGCCACGCGGGACACGCGGUUACCCUUUCUGCGCAACCAGGCAUGUGACUCGUCAUUCCUUUUCACCCCCCCAACAUCCGCCUCUGCUCAGCCUGCCCACCUAAAACCGCACCAUCCAGCACUUUCCCCUCUCGCUGCUGCUACUUCUCCCACUGCUGCUGCCGAAGGGGGAGCAGGGGAGGGGGUGCAGGUGCCUCACGAGAACCUUCUUGGAAACUCCCUUGUUGAGGACUAUAUCAGCACAACAGCAGCAGGACUGGUGAGUGAAUGGAAAUGA